AUCGAGACACUGAAGAGUGGGACCAGCGAAGAGGUGGACCGUCUCAGGAGAUCCAAGAGAGAGCGAAGGAUGGCCGCCCGAUUCAGUGGACCGGACUGGACGGCGUGAUCCAACGGUCCUCCUCGCCCUCGCCACGUCGCCCGAAGAGGACAGCACUGCCUACUUUAGUCCCUCGUUGACCUUCCUGGAGGCUUGCUUUUGAAGCCACGAACUGAAGAAAACGAUCUCUGUAGCCUCUCCCUCUGCUUCUACUUCUUCCUAGAUUUCUCUAAAUCUCCCUCCUGCUGCUACCUUACUUGUAUCCUGGAGAUUAUUGUCGUUGAUUGGAACCUGUAGCUUGAAUUUCUGUAGCAUCCAUCAAGGUUCUUAUCAUUUGGUAUCAGAUUUGCCGGUGUUCUGUUCUGAUCCUUCUCUAAUCCCUCGAUUCAGUCCAUGAUCUACGGAUCCUUAGCGAUUUGGCGUUGAUCUCCUGCGGAUCAACACGAAAUCCCUCUCGAGGGUGCCUGCGCUAGGUGGAUUUCGAAUUUGGGGCGAAGGCAGAGCCGACGCUCGUAAGUUGUUCGACGGUUGUUCUCAGACAAACUGGAAACAGAAAAGGCACAAACGAGGUGGGAUACGUCUAAACGUCUGGACACAAUGUCUAUGACGCUGGAUUCGUUGGCCAAGCUCAUAGCGGAAGGGGAGCGUCGCGCGACCGAGAUGCAGGAGUUGUACUCGGCGCUCUCUACAAUCAAGCCCGAGCUUGAGUCCAUCAAGGGCUCCGUCAACACGUUCCAGCCAGAGCUCGAAGAGAUCAAGUCCACUCUGGAGGCGUGGAAACCGGCGAUGGAGGCGAAGGUGGCCGAUCUCGGCACGGCGGUGCGGGAUCUUCGCCGCCAAGUUGAUUCAAUAGCAAAGGGAGUGGGAGUCGGCGCGUUGGGCUCACCGCCCACGGGCACGUCUCCACUGACGGUUCUACCUCCGUCAGUGUCGUCAUCUUCGGGUGCACACUCCGGGCAAUCCGGCCACGGCGUCGAACUACAAAACCGGGGCGCGGCGGUGGAGUCCCUCGACACUCUACCGCCCACCCUGGUCACAGGUCCGAAACAAAGCCUAUCUAUGGUCCCGUUUACUGCAAAUACUAUCACUGUUCCUGAGUUAGAAGCACCUAAACACCCUAUUUCUGGCACCAAUCCACCUCCACAAGCUGAAUUCCCCAAGUUUGAUGGAGAAAACCCACGUCUCUGGUCAUGCGCUUGCGAGAAGUACUUUAGGGUUUAUGCUGUUAGUACAGAGUAUUGGGUUGAGUAUGCAACGAUGCAUUUUACUGGAAAUGCAGCGUUGUGGUUUCAGAGUGCUGAGGAUAAAAUGGGUACUAUAUCAUGGCAAUCGCUUUGUGAUACUAUAAACAAACGAUUUGACCGUGGUCAGUACGAACACAUAUAUCGUUUAUCUUUUCACAUUAAACAACACACCACUGUCUCAGAGUAUAUUGAGCGGUUCGAUACUCUCAUGCACCACAUGCUUGCUUACAAGCCUGAUCUAGAUCCAACUUUCUUCACCACUCGCUUCAUCGAUGGCUUGCGUAAUGAUUUGCGCGCUACUGUGCUAAUUCAAUGUCCCCAAGACCUCGAUACUGCCGUUUCUCUCGCAUUGUUGCAGGAAGAAAUUGGGGAAGAUGUGGACAUUGUACAAUACUCUCCUAAACCAAGUGGUUUUCAGCGCGUCAACUAUAAAGCGCAAAGUCCUAAGAGCAUUGAGGUUUCACGUGAUCGCACUAAGACAGUGGUUCAAGCUGAGGACCGCAGGGGUACUGAUGCGGCCAGGGCAACAUCUACCACACAGAAAUUGGCAGCGUUGAAGGCAUACAGAAGAGCUAUGAAUUUGUGCUUUAAGUGUGGCAAAAAAUUCAGCCAACAUCAUCAAUGUGCUAAGACAGCCCAACUACAUAUUGUGGAGGAGUUACUGGAGAUGAUAGAAGGCCCAGACAGUCCGGACUCUUACACUACAGCUGUUGAUGAUGUUGCAGAUGCUGCCCAAGAAUUGUUGUGUUUGUCCCAGCAGGCAGUGUCAGGUACCGAGAACAACGCAUGUUUCAGGUUGCAGGGUGUGAUCCAAGGAAGGGAGAUCCUCAUUCUCAUUGAUUCAGGAUCCUCGGGCAAUUUCAUCAGUGAGCUGCUUGCAAAACAUCUAGAGGGUGUUCAACCUCUGCCAGUACCAGUGAAGGUGAAAGUGGCUAAUGGUGGCAUCAUCUCUGGUAGCCAUUAUAUCCCAGAAUGUUUGUGGUCAUGUCAAGGUGCUCAGUUUAAUACAUCAGUCAAGGUUUUGCCUAUACAGUGCUAUGAUCUGAUCUUAGGGAUCGAAUGGCUUAAGACACAGAGUCCCAUGCACGUGGAUUGGGAGGCUAAAUGGAUGGAGGUGAAGCAACCGGCUGGCAAACAUCAAAUCUUUGGCAUUUCAGCUGACACAUCUUCUUGUCAUGCUAUAUCUGCUGACCUUUUGGCUCAAUGGGAUGAAAAUGAAGCUUUAUUGUAUUUAGUUCAGUUGUGUUUAGUGGAUGAACAAGAGCAUGGUAUAGUACCAGAAGCCCUGAGUCAGCUGAUAGCUGAAUUUGCUAAGUUGUUCGAAGAACCAACAGGCCUUCCCCCUCAGCGCUCUUGUGAUCAUAAAAUUCCUUUAUUACCUGGUGCUACACCCAUGAAACAGCGGCCCUACAGGAUUUUCGGCGCCUCAAUGCAAUGACUGUCAAAAAUAAAUACCCACUACCGGUCAUCGAUGAACUGUUAGAUGAGUUGACUGGUGCCCAUUGGUUUACUAGUCUGGACCUGCGAGCAGGGUAUCACCAGAUCCGUAUGUCAGCUGAAGAUGAGCACAAAACGGCAUUCCAGACACACCAUGGGCAUUUCGAAUACAAAGUCAUGCCUUAUGGGCUUACUGGUGCUCCCGCCACUUUUCAAGGUGUGAUGAAUGAAGUUCUCGCACCUGGGUUGCGCAAAUUUGUCAUAGUUUUCAUAGAUGGCAUCCUUAUCUAUCGCAAAACAUUGUCCGAUCAUGUGCAGCACGUGAGGCAAGUGUUCCAGAUGUUGGAUGCAAAUCAACUGAAAGUGAAAAAGAGCAAAUGCUUUUUCGGCCAAAAGGAGGUGUCGUAUUUGGGACAUUGAUGACCCACAAGAAUAGGGGGUGUAUCGUAGUAUCUUCGAUAAGUAAGAAUGUCGAUCCCAACGAGGAGCAGAAGGUGUUGACAAGCAGUUUCGAUGAAGGAUUCACUGUAAAUGCUCACAGACAAGUAUUCAGGGGGUUUUGAUGUAACAGUUGAAUAAAGUACGAGUAAGUAAAGUGCGAGAGUAAUAAUUGCAGCGAGUGGCCCAAUCCUUUUUAGCACAAAGGACAAGCCGGUGUUUACUUAUAAUGACCAAACGUUCUCGAGGACACACGGGAUUUUAGUCUAGUGCUUUCGCUACAUACGGUUAAAUAAUCUUCAUUGUUAUGAUA